AUGGAUUUAGCAAGGUGCGACGCCGCCUCCAACCCCGCGGCGCUGAAGCCGGAGCUGACCCGCCACCUUUCUAGCUCUCUCACCCAGGAAGAAAUUCCUAUCAAGCUGCGAUGCGCCAUCUGCAACAAGCUGGUCGUCAACGCUUUCGGCCUGCCGUGCUGCGACCAAUCCAUAUGUGGGAACUGCCAAUCUUCGCUGCCCGACUCCUGCCCCGUAUGCUCGCACAGCCCGCUGUCCGCCGACGAUUGCAAGCCGAAAAAGAACCUGCGCCUCACCGUCAAAGCAUACCUGAAGUCGGAGGAAAAGAAGCGCGACAAGGAGCGCUCCGUCAGUGUUGCGGCCAAGCCCGACACUCCCGUAACUCCAGGCGGGACAGCCCCACCCGUUGUUCAGUCCAUAGAGCAGCCUCUCGAUGCGCCCGACCAUACUCCCUCGAUCGCCCCGCCGGACGCCCAAGAACCGAAAGACCAGGAACACGGCGACGCGGCCCAGGCGAGCGAGGCGCCUCAGGCUGAUACUGCAAACGCGGCUGCGGACCAGGCGCAAUUCGAGGGCGCGAACGGAUCCGAAAACCACCAGGACCAAGACCUGAACGGCCAGGAUACCACCGCAGACCCCGCCACCGGAGAAGACGCAAAUUCCGAGGACAAGGAGGAUGGUCAAGACGGUCAAGAAGGAGCUCAGGAAGUUCAGGAUGCGCAAGGCGAAGGCGAAAAACAAGCCGGAAACUGGAACUCGGGAGCGAAUGGAACGCCAGGCCAGAUGUUCGGAAACGGCUUUGGUUUUGAUCCCAGCCAAGCUGGGUUCAACGGCAUGAACUGGACCGGCCCUGGAGGCUUCAACCCUCUGAUGAUGAACGGAAUGUCCAAUGGCAACUGGAGCAACUUUGGCAUGAUGGGCAUGUCCGGCAUGGGGAUGGACCCAAUGACCAUGUCCCAAGGAAUGUUCGGAGGCUUUGGAGGUCAGGGCAUGGGCAUGAACGGAAUGAACAUGGGCAUGGGCUACGGCGGAGGAUACGGUGGCGGAUGGAAUGGACAGCAGAUGAGUGGCAAUGACUUUGGUGGCGCAAAUGCUGGCUAUUAUCCCGGAGGUGGAUAUAAUCAACAAUCGCACCAGCAAGGGCAUUUCCCGCAGCAUCAGAUGAAUCAUCAUCACAACCAGCAGUUCGCAAAGAAUAAUUUCCAGAACCAGAAUCGCAUCCAGGGGGCCGGCGCAAAUCAGCAGCAGAAGCCAGUUGGUCAAGACCAGGAAGAUGCGGGUGCUGGUCCUGGCCAGGCUGAAGGUAGUGCUGCUGCUGAAGGUCAGGUGUUAGGCGAGGAGCAAGGCGAGGCCGAGCAUAAGGACUCCGCGAAGCAUGCUUCGGAGGCGGAUGCCGAGGACGGCGCCUUCGAAAACCAAGUUCGCCCGGACCUCCAGACGCGCCAGUCGUCACAAGCAGGUCCUGGCGACGCGCAAGAAGCGAACGACGAAGACGGGCCUGCCGACCAGGCCGAUGCCGCAGACGACGCGCCAAACGACGAAGCCACAUCUGGAGACGUUCCCGAGGACGGCCCAAGUGCGGAGAGCAAGGAUGAAGGUGACACUAACCAUACUGUAGGACCUGAUGCCCAAGAAGGCGAGGCAGGCCAGAUUCACGACCCCGGCGAGGGGCCACGGGAAGAUGCGCAACAGCAAGGCCUCCAGCAGCCAGGACACGGCUUUCAAAACCAGAAUUUCCCGCACCAGCCCAUGGGCGGAUUCGGUAACGCGGACCCUACUGCUAUGGGCAUGGGCAUGGGCAUGGGAAUGGGCAUGGGCAUGGAUCCUGCUUCAUUCAUGGGUAUGCCCAUGGCCGGUAUGCCCGAUCCUUCGAUGGGUUUUGGGCCUAUGAACCAGCACUUUGACUAUGCAGGUCGUGGAAGGGGUGGUUUCAGAGGCGGUUACGGGCGUGGCUACCAGAACUUCCGCGGAGGAUUUGGACGCGGGAUGCAUGGACCUGGAUUUGGACCAGGGAGUGGUGGUUUUGGGGGAAACAUUACAGUUCUUGCAGGCGGAGAACCAAAGGGGGUGGGUGUCGAGGGCGCUCCCACCGGGCCCAAGGCCAUGCGCGAAGGGCUCCCAAACACGGGGGCCAGUGGCCGGUUGGGUAGAGCAGCAUUCGCCGGUGGCGCAGGCAGAGGCUUGCCGCACCAAGGAUCGGCCCCUCCAUCCGAACACCAGCAAAGCAAAACACCCGAGGACGGACCCAGUCGUGCUCACUCACCUUCGCGGCAGAGGUCGAAAUCUCGGUCGAGGUCCCAAUCUCGGUCGCCGUCUCGCCGCCACCGUCACCGUCAUCGCUAUCAUUCUGCAGAUGCCGCGUCGGAACCGGAGUCACGCGAGCGUCGCGAGGAACGGCGUCGCCACCGGUCGUCGCGCAAGUACGGGGAGGAAGACGAGGCUCCGCACGAGGGCUCCAGGGCGCGCGGCCACAGCAAGGAGCGGCCCAGAGACUCGUCCGUCGACUCAUCCAGACACCGCAGCAGACGAGAGCGCGACAAGGACCGGCACCGGUCGUCCCGCUCCCACCGGGACCGCAGCCGCGAACACCGCCGACACCGGCACAGAUCCAGGACUCCGGCCGCAGACGACCGCGACGACGCGGUCAGCGUCGCGAACGGCACGGACGCCGGCAGCGAGGCGGGCGGUCGCAGAAAACGCGACAAGUACCGCGAACGCGAGAAGGAGCGCGAGCGCGACCACGACCGCAAGGACAGGGAGAAACCCCGCGACCGUGACCGCGACCGUGACCGCGAGCGCGACAGGGACAGGGAGAGGGAGAAGAAGCGCUCCUCUCGCCGGGACUCCCCGUCGUAUAACGAUUACUCGGACGACGACAGACACCACCGCUCGUCGCGCCGCCGCCGCGAGAAGGAAAAGGAGCGGGACAAGGAAAGAGACCGCGCGGACAGAGCGGCGGCACGCAGGGAAGAAGAGCAAGCACAAGCAGACGGCGAACUAGAAGGCGAGUUCAAGAUCCAAGGCCGCUCCAAGCCGCCGCCGAAGCCGGCAACGAACGACCCCCCGACGGCCGACUCGUCCAUGCCCCCUCCACCAAAGGGCAUGUCCAGCUCUCGGCCAUCCCCGCCGCCGCCGUCGCAGGCCCGCACACGCGACCGCGACCGCGACCGCGACCACCACCGCGACCACCGCGAGAAAGGAGACAAGGACAGGGACCGCGAAAGCUCGUCGCGCCGCAACAGCGGCGUGUCGCAGUCGGGGGCCGCCACGACGGCGGACCCGGCUCCCUCCUCCAGCAGCACCGACCCGCACACGCUCGAGCGCGAGGCGCGCAACCGCGAGCGCAUGCUCAAGGAAGCGCAGCGCAGGGCUCUUCUGCAAAACCAGCCGUCGUCGUCGUCGUCAUCGACCGGUGGCGGCAGCAGCGAGAAGAGGAAGCGCGGGUACGAGGGCUACGAGGAUGCGGGGGAAAAGUCGUUCGCGCCGCCCACGGGGCCCAGUGCGGAGCGCGACCGCCAUGGUGGUGGCAGUGGUGGUGGCAGCAAGAGGCGCAGGGGCAGCGAGGCUGCUGAGAAGGACGAGCGUGGGAGUAGCAGUAGGAAGAGGCGGGUGAGUUAUAAGUAUGAAGACGAGGAGAACGACGAGGCGCGGGCGAGGCGGGUGGAGAGCGAGAGGGAGGCACAGCGAUGGAGGUAA